AUGGUCAGAAGGAAUGUGGAUCUCAUCAUUGGUCCCCCAUGUCCACCGCCGGCGGAAAUCAUGGGCUACAUGUCGACAUACUACAAGAAGACCAUGCUUGGAUGGGGUUUCCUGAUCGAUUCUAUAUUCAGCGACAAUGAACGCUUCAAGUAUCUCACGACAGUCAUGCCGGACUCACUUCAGUAA